GCUGGAUUGUAUGCCUUACAUAUGAUCCUCGCCACCGCUGCUGCUACUACUUCUGAUGUGUUUGUCUGUGUGAGCUUUUCGUUUCUGGAGAGUUGUCGGUCGUCGUCGUUGUCUUCUGCUUCUCCUUCACUUACGCUUUUUCUGCAUGUCCUCUGCAUCUUUGUCCUCCUCUUCCACUUUCCCACCGCCAGUACCGUGCUAGCUCCGUCCCAUUCUCAGUAACGGGAGUAGUAUCGCUUGUAAGAGCUGGUCAAGAUUACGGAUCACGGAUCGCGGCUGAUCGAGUAUGGUGGGUUCCGGCAAUAAGGCUGCGAACGGAGUACCCUCCCAAGAAUCUUCGAGUCCGGCUAAGGAUGGCAGCCUCAUGGCGAUGGGGCGUCCUGCCACUCUGGAUGCGGUGACUAGGAAGUUCCAGAAAGGUACGGCAGUGGAGAACGAGAAGCGGCAUCUGUUUUGGGAGACCCAGCCUGUAGGCAAAUAUCAGGAUGAUGCGGGCGAGGGUCCGAUUGAACCUGCGCAACCUGUGUCGGAGGUACGUCAAGAGCCGUAUAACUUGCCCAGCACAUACGAAUGGUCCACGUGCGAUCUUGCCGACGAGCACACUAUGAAAGAAGUUUACACUCUAUUGACUAAUAACUAUGUGGAAGACGAUGACAACAUGUUUAGGUUUGAUUACUCGGUUUCAUUUUUGCGAUGGGCGCUUACUCUCCCAGGUUACUUUCCGAGUUGGCAUAUUGGCGUUCGUGCUAAAACUUCAAAGAAACUUGUGGCCUUCAUUACGGGAAUCCCUGCAAAGAUCCGUACACAUGAUACGGUUGUCCCGAUGGCGGAAAUCAACUUUUUAUGUGUGCACAAGAAGCUUAGGUCAAAACGGCUUGCCCCUGUAUUAAUUAAAGAGGUUACGAGGAGGGUUCAUUUGGAGGAUAUGUGGCAGGCUGCAUACACGGCGGGUGUGGUCCUUCCUACACCUAUUGCCACUUGUCAGUACUGGCACAGGCCUUUGAACCCUAAAAAAUUGAUUGACGUUGGAUUCUCGAGAUUGGCACCUCGCAUGACGAUGAGUCGGACAAUCAAGCUCUAUCGAUUACCUGAGGAGCCAGCUACACCAGGAUUUCGACCCAUGGAGAGAAGGGAUGUUGUGGCAGUGACUAAACUUUUGCAAACCUACCUCGCGCAGUUCCAGGUCGCUCCACAUUUCUCUGAGGACGAUGUCGAGUACCUGCUCCUUCCCAUCGACAACGUUAUUAACAGCUUUGUUGUGGAGAAUUCAGAGACGCACGAAAUUACUGACUUUGCUAGUUUCUAUACACUGCCGUCUACUAUUAUUGGAAAUAAGAAUUAUUCGUUGUUGAAAGCUGCAUAUUCGUACUACAAUGUAGCCACUUCAAUGCCGCUCCUGCAACUCAUGAAUGACGCCCUUGUUAUAGCCAAGCAAAGGGGUUAUGACGUGUUCAACGCACUAGAUGUCAUGCAAAACGAAAGCUUCCUGAAGGAGUUGAAAUUUGGGCCUGGUGAUGGUCAACUUCAUUACUAUCUUUAUAACUACCGCCUGCGAGCACCACUGAAACCCACCGAGAUGGGGCUUGUGCUUCUGUAGUCUUCUGCAGGUAUUGCCGUGCUUAUGCUUUUUUGGGACAAACUCAGCCCUUUCCUUCAACAAUUGUAGAUUCAUAUGGGAUUUUAUCCCAGUCUGGUAACUUAAAAAUGUAGAGAACAUUAUGGCUUUUAUUGUUAAUGCAGUGUUCAUUUCAUGUGUCUUCUGCGAUGGCACUUUCCAUUUGCACAUGCUGGUAUCGGAAGGAGACUGAUGUGCAGAAUAUAUCCAAGGCCGAGAUCAUUGCAUUAUUUUCUGUUUUCAUGUUGUGGAAAAAGGUGUUUUUUUUGCCCAGAUCACAUGCUGUAAUACUCACAACGUGAACACAGCAAUAAACGUCUCCGGCGACCAAUGCUUCUGUAAUGUAUAGCCUGAUAUUGUAAUCUGUUGCUGCGAUGUUAGUUCUUAGUGACAGCAUUGCAUUAGUAAGUUCUUUUUUCCAUGAACCAGUAUUAGUGGUUCGAGAAUGUCCUUGCUUUGUCUACGAUCCAAAUUAUUGAGGAUAUCAGUGAGUUGUGUUCAUCUUUAGGUCAACUGUAUAGUUGAAAGGUCUCACGAAGUCUCAUGUAUCUUACAUUGGACUUGUUUCUCUUUCUUGAACAAUUUUUUCAUCCAAUCCAAUUGAACUUGACUUGAAGUAUCA